CCGCAGCGCUUAACGCUUUGGCUGCUGGAAUUGGCCUUUGUCCCGGGAACCGUCCCGGCGAGGUUCCCUCCUCCCGGCCGUGGCAGCCUCAGCCGGCCUCCGGAUGGGCGGCCCUUGAGCGGCACCCGGGCAGUGCGCGGGCAACCGCCGGCCCAAGCAGACCGCCACCAGGGCCGUCCAGGGGCUUCCCUCGCGAGGACCAAGAGCCGGUGACGCGCACGCGGCUUCCCCGACGGCCGUCCUUUGCCGGCAGCGGCUGUGCCCGCCCCUGCGCCUGCACCAUGCCGGCAGCGAAGUUCGGUGCGGCGGAUUAUGCCAUUUUCGUGCUGCUGCUGGUGUUCUCGGCGGGCAUCGGCCUGUACUACGCCCUGAGCGGGGGGAAGCAGCACACGACCCAGGAGUUCCUGCUGGCCGACCGCAGCAUGACCUUCCUGCCCGUGGCGCUCUCGCUGCUCGCCACCUUCCAGUCGGCUGUGGCCCUCCUGGGCGUCCCCUCCGAGAUCUACCGCUUUGGGACCGAGUACUGGUUCCUCGGCUGCUCCUACUUCCUCGGGCUCCUGAUCCCGGCUCACGUCUUCAUCCCGAUCUUCUACCGCCUGCGCCUGACCAGCGCCUAUGAGUACCUGGAGCUGCGCUUCAACAAGGCCGUGAGGAUCUGUGGGACGGCGACCUUCAUCUUCCAGAUGGUGGUGUACAUGGGGGUGGUCCUCUACGCCCCAGCGCUGGCGCUCAACGCAGUGACCAACUUCGACCUGUGGGCCUCCGUGCUGACCAUCGGGCUUGUCUGCACGCUGUACACCUCCCUGGGCGGCCUCAAAGCCGUGAUCUGGACAGACGUGUUCCAGACGUUCGUCAUGUUCGCGGGGCAGGUGGCCGUGAUCGUCGUGGGCACCGUGAAGGUGGGCGGCAUGGGGCGCGUCUGGCAGCUGGCUGCCGAGCAGGGCAAGGUCUCGGGCAUCGACCUGAACCCGGACCCCUUCGAGCGGCACACCUUCUGGACGCUGGCCUUCGGCGGGGUCUUCAUGAUGCUCGCGCUGUACGGAGUGAACCAGGCCCAGGUGCAGCGGUACCUGAGCUCCCGCUCGGAGCGGCAGGCGGUGCUCUCCUGCUACGCCGUCUUCCCCUGCCAGCAAGUCGUGCUGUGCCUCGGCUGCCUCACCGGCCUGGUCAUGUUCGCCUACCACCAGCAGCACCCGCUGGCCCCCGAGCAGAGCGGCGCCUCACCAGACCAGCUGGUGCUCUACUUCGUGAUGGACGUGCUGCAGGAGGUGCCUGGCCUGCCCGGCCUCUUCGUGGCCUGCCUCUUCAGCGGGUCCCUCAGCACCAUCUCCUCGGCCUUCAACUCGCUGGCCACGGUGACCAUGGAGGACCUGAUCCGCCCCCACGUGGCCAACAUCCCUGAGAGGCGCGCCACGCUCUACUCCAAGCUGCUGGCUGUGGGCUACGGACUGCUCUGCCUGGGAAUGGCGUAUCUCUCCUCCAUGAUGGGCCCAGUGCUGCAGGCCGCCAUGAGCAUCUUCGGCAUGGUGGGGGGGCCCCUCCUCGGCCUCUUCUGCCUGGGCAUGUUCUUCCCGUGGGCCAACGCCGUGGGCGCUGUCGCGGGGUUGGCGGCCGGGCUAGUGAUGGCCUUCUGGGUGGGGAUCGGGAGCCUGGUGGCCGGUGCGCAGGCCGCCCCCCCCCAGGGCCAGCAGCCCUCCUCCUGGCGAAACGUGACUGCCGUCGUCAUGACCACGCUGAUGGCCUCCACAGCAGCUCCGGAGAGGCUUGUGGGGCUGCGCAAAUUCUACAGCCUCUCGUACCUGUGGUACAGCGCCCACAAUUCAGCCACCGUCAUCGUGGUGGGUCUGCUGGUCAGCUUCCUCACCGGUCCCUCACGGGGGAAGGACGUGAACCCUCGCACCAUCUACCCGGUGCUGCCCCGCCUCCUCUGCUGCUUGCCGGCCCGGUACCAGGCCUGCCUGCGCUGCGGCGUCCCCGACCCGGCCAAGGAUGGAAGCAGCUCGGCAGCUGCAGCAGUCGAGAAGACCAGGAACGGGCUGCCGAACGGGCUGCCGGAGGGCCUGCCCCCCGGGGGCAGCCCUGAAGCAACGGAGCUGGGCGAGGGGUUUGUCCAGACCGAGGAGUGCCCUGCCUACGUCCUGCGGGAGACGGCCCUCUGAGCUGGCGAGCUGCCCACGGGGCCUCCGCUCAGCCAGGAGGGGCAUGCCCGGGACCCCCCUAGGCUUGCCCAGGGGCCCGGCUGGGCGUCCCCGCUGCCGCCCUGGUGAGCGCCCCCCGAGUUCAGGGCCACCCCUCCACUUGGACGGUGAAAGUGCCACGCUCCAUGGAAGGAUGGGCGGCGGGCACAGCCCUCGGCCAGGAGCACAAGAGCCCGUGCAGGCGUCUCCGGGGCCCGGCCUUCCUCCUGCCACACACUUCGCCCAGGGCUCUCAUCCCCCGCCCACGCAGCCAGGCCUGGGUGGGCCGUGACCGUGCGGUGAGGUCGCCCAGCCGCCGUGACCACAAGGCAUUCUGCCCCCCAGCGGGCGACAGGCAGGGGCCCGGCAGGAAGCACCAAGGAGCACCGGGCCCCCACUGCCAAGGCCCUGCCAUGGGCACAGACAUUCCCGCACGGCGGAGGCUGCUGUUCCCCAAGAGGUAGCCCCCCACUCCCCAAGAGCUGCCUCCCGGCCCUUUUUUGGGGCCAAAGGGGGCAGGGCCCCCCCCCCCCCCGGUUUGGCACUUUGCGUUUCUUGUCUGCGAUAGGUUUUUGUCUCCCUGGUCCAUGUUGUCUUUCUGAUGCCCAGCCGUGGUUUAGGCGGCUGGUAGUAAAGAAGAGAAACCGC